AUGGCCGAGCAAGCCCCUGGCGUGAUGGUGCACUCGCUUGCCGGACGCCUGCUGACCGCGGCCUUCCCGGCUGGCCAGAAGGACGGCGUCCCGCAGGAGAGCGAUGACGAGUACAGGCGGUGGUUGAGAGGCAAAGUGGUGCGAGCCCGCGACGUCAAUUGUUCCAGCACGUUCCCCCCCCGGAUGUUGGCGAGUCUCUGGUCGGGAAGGCCGAUGCACUGGAUGUGGCAACGCUUAGAGUUCCUGGACUGCAAGGGCGGCGGCCUCUUGGAGGUGAUCAACCCGAGCGUCAGUCCGGUCGAGCACUGCCAGAGCGAGAUCAUCCGGAUGCUGAUGCCCGACGCCGGCGACGCGCCCCUCAGGGCGCUCUUCUUCCACUACGAGCUGGAGCCGCGGGCGCUGCACCUUGCAAAGACCCACGCUUUCCAGAUCCUCACGUCCGCCUACGCGCAACAUCAUUGGCGGUUCGUGGUCCCGCUGAGCGACGUUCCUUUCGAGAUCAUGAGGUGCAUGGAGUCCGCCGAUGGUCGAGCCGCUGCUGUCGCGAGGUUGUUUCAGAAGCCGUUGCGUUGCCUGGAGGUUCGGUUGGCUCGGAAGCUCCGCCGAUUAUGGCCAUCGGAUUCAGAGAUGUUAGAUGACGCGCACUUCUGGUCAGCGUACAUGCUGUUCGCGAAGCACGCCUUGCUGUGCAACAUGCACAUCGAGCGCUUGUUGUCUCUGGUCAGGCAGUCCCUCCCGUUCGACCUCAAGGCCCCUGUCCUAGAGCGCGUGUGCGGCAACGGGUUCCUGUCGCAGUGCGUGGCCCAGCACGUGUCUGCAGGCGGCGAGGAUCCGCGGGUUGAGUCGUUGGCGAGUGCCCGGAGAGCAGGCGUGCCGCUUAGGCGAGACGAGGCGUGGGCGCCGCCCAAAGGCCAGACCAGGGCCCAGCCGGCGUGCAUACUGUACGCCAACCUGCACGUCCAGGACAAGCUCAUCGAGAAUCCGACGUUGGCCCCAGCAGAUGCCCGCCGCGAACUGGUCGCCGAGUUCAACGCGUUACCCAUUGCCCAGCAGGCCGUCUACCAGAGUCGUGUCCAGGAGGCGAAGCUCGAGAAGCAGCGGUCCAAGCUGGUGCAGGAGCCCGACACGUCGCCGACGAGCUCCUGGACGCCCACGGCGAUGAUGGGCUGCUCCUCCAUCGACGCCCCCGUGAGCAGCGCCGCCUUCUUCGAGGCCAGCGGCGCGCUGCACGAGGACGCGUCUUUCAUGUCCUGGGGGGUGCAAGCUCGAGCUGAAUUUCGCCGCCAGUGUUUCGUGGCGGAUGCGGGGUCGAUACCGCGCGGGAGGCGCAUCGCCAUCGCGCGCUGCUGCUUCCAGAAGCACUUCGGGGUCUGCGCGCACGACGAUGCGGACAUCUACGCGGCGCUCGUCUCGGCGGGGCAGGCGUUGUGGCAGCACGUCUGGAGCAACUCCUUGGCGUCCGUCUGGCUGCACGUGUGGAUCGCGGACGGCUCUGGGCCUGUGCCUGGACACCCUACCGACAGCGGCGGCGUGUCGCUCUCCAUGGACGCCUGUGGCAAGCUCGUCGUGCUCAACCACGUCUCGUUGGUGAAGCGCGUGCUCGCAUACCUCACCCCGCUCCCCGAGCACGCCCUCCUCGUCUCCAGGGUCGAGGCGACGUUCUUCGAGGGCAGCGCGCGCGUCGGCGAGCAGCGGAUCGAGGCGCGCUGGCCGGCGGUCGUCGUGGUCGGGAACCUCGCGGAGGCUCUGCUGGGUUAG